CCUCUGACCAUAUAAGACCCAACUUUUAACACUAAAAACAUCUAAACGCACAUACACUCUCUAUUUCGUUUUCUCACACUUUCCCUGACUUUCCGGGAAAAAACUUAAUCAAGCAAAUAAAUGACCAAGUGCAACAAGAUCAGGCACAUUGUGAGGAUCCAACAGAUGCUAAAACUGUGGCGUAGGAAGGCCAGGAUGGCAGCCUUUGCAUCGGCACCGUCCGAUGUGCCGGAAGGACAUGUGGCUGUCUGUGUAGGGGAGAGUUGCAGGAGAUAUAUCGUGCUUGCAACGCACCUUAACCAUCCCAUCUUCAGGCGGCUCCUCGUACAAGCCGAGGAGGAGUACGGCUUUACGAACGCAGGACCGUUAGCGAUUCCGUGUGACGAGUCAGUGUUUGAAGAGAUUAUCCGGGUCGUGUCCAGGUCCAACUCGGGUCGGUUCUUGAAUCUGGAAGAUCUUCCAAGAUGCUGCCACGCGGGCAUCAAGAAUGGUCUUGAUUUUUUGAGUGAAUCUCGGCCGUUGCUUCACAAUUAGCCUAACGCGGAUCAAGUGAGACGAACCAAGACCCCGAGUUGGAGUGGAGGGAUUGGGUGCUAAAUUAAUAUAUUUUUAAAUUUUUGAUGGUGUGCUAAAGAUAUUUAUUUGUUGUAAAUUAUUUAUGUGAUUUUGAAUACAAAAAUAUAAGUACCAAAAUUGUUAUUAA